AUGGAGGAUAUGGGCGACUUGGCGAAGGGCAACUUGGCUUCGUCCAAGUGGCUUGGCACUUUCAGCCUCCUUUAUGCCGAAGUGGUUGUUUCGUUUGCGAGUGCCAUAGUUCUACUUGUUUUGACUGUUGUCCAGUUACUUUAUCGAACCAGCUGGCGGGCCAGGAAGUUAUGGAGAGUAGGAAACGAGGUGCGCUUCGAUGGGGAGCGUUACCUCGCGAAACCGGAGGGCGACAUUGGUCGGAAAAUUUUGGAAAGGGGCAUAAAAUCGCAUGAAAAUGUUUACUUUGAGCGUCCCUCAGGCACACUUCCCCCAAUUGUAGCGAAUGACUGUGACGCUAGGGUAAAUUGUCUCUCUAUGAUUGCGGAGACAAGGAAGAUACUCUACAAGCAGUACGGGGAACCGGCGCGUUUAAUGUCUAUGCGUUGUUGUUUGUCGUGUAUAGAAAAUGUUUUGCCGUCGAGCCAAGCGGAGGAUUUCCUUCGCAUAUAUGAGUCUGUCCUUUACGGGCAGUAUCGCGCGGAUGGGGUUCCGGAGGUGAUUUCUGACGAAGAGAUAAAGUUUUUGCACGUUUUUUACCACAAUUCAAUUCUCAAAGAGAUUCAAUGGUAG